ACGGGUGAGGAAGUUGCCCCCCAGCACCCCGGUCGUGAUAGAAGUGAGUGACCCGCGUGCCUUGCUGUGUGUGGGGGCUCCACGUUCGUGACCGCUUUUCAGGCGGCCCUGUGAAUGCUGAGCUUCGGGCCGGGCUGGCGGCCCCCUGGGUGCCUGAGGAGUGAAGGGGCUGCGAGUGCUGGUGCCGGGCAGAACCACGCCCAGGACCGCAAAAAGUCCUGCUGACAGUACUCCAAGAAGACCUGUUUUAUCAGUCAGUGCAAGAAAACUUAAAGAUAAUGCAGCAGACUGGCAUAAUUUAAUGAUGAAAUGGGAGAGACUGAAUGAUAAUGGAUUUACAACAGCAAACAAAAUAGUCAACAUGAAGAUCAGUGAGCAAUUUCAAGACAACAAACUGAAGAUAGAAUGUGAUAGCAGUGCCACAGAAUCUGAAAAGACAGCUCCAAAAUACAAUGAAGAACUGGACAGCUGUUGUGCAGAAUUACUUGAGACCUUAAAGCAUAUGACAAAAAUACAACUGAAAAUGGAAAAGCUUACUUCAACUUCUAAAGCAAUCUGUGACUUGGAAACAUUCCACCACGGAGCUGGAAAUUGCACAGCACCCUUCUUUCAUACAUGGCCCACAACAUACUUCUAUGAGGUUUCUCUUAAGCUCUCUGAAAUGUACAAGAAGGAACUACAGCUCAAGCAAACAAUUGUACAAGAAAUUGCUCAUUCUGCUGACCAGGAUUUGAUGAUGGUCUAUUUAUCAUCAUGGUUAUACCAGCCAUACAUUGAAAACAGCAGCAAACUGCUACUUGAAGCCAUGCUGCUUGAAACAGGACAUAGACAGUGCUAGAAUUUCAAAUGUUACAUGGCUUACUUCUAAUGAUGCUUACUGAAUGAUGAAACUGAAAUGGCAAAUUGCAAUGCUUACCAAGUAAGCUGAAUUUGUAAAGCUUAUUAAAAAUAUUUUACUCUA